AUGGACACUGUUAGGGGAGCAUGCUCCAAGGACAAAGUCGGGGGCAUGGUGUUCAUCAGAGAGGACAUCACGCCCUCGAUGCUCGAGUGGAAAGCAGUCGAUGACGAAAAGAACAAGAUCGCCAUCCCCUUGAACAAGCUAGUUGCCCUCCAGGCCACCAAGGAAAGCGUGCCGAAAAUGAUCCUCCAAGUCGUUUACCAGUCGGCAACCGAGGGAGAGCCGGACCAAAAGAUCAAAUUGCAUUUCAAUAAUCGGCCCACCAUGAAUAAUAUUAAGGAUGCCCUUCAAACGAUAGUGGUGCGGACGAAAACCAGAGUCGAGGGCUCCUCCACGCCGACGCCCGGAGGUGGUUUCCAAAAUGGAACCCCGUCAGCUUCUGGGUCGUCCGCUGGGUCUGCUUCAGCUUCAGCUGCGGCAGCGGGACAACUGGGCACUCCCGAGUCCGCCACACCGUCUUCCUCGGCGCCAUCGAGUUUUGGAGGGUUCCCGCUAGCGCAGCAAGCCCUCUCCGACGCAAAUUUACUCAAAAACUAUGAAUUGCAGCAGAAAUUGCUCCUCGAAGACCGAAAUCUACGCAAUGUUUUCACGAAAUCCGUCAUGAAGUUCAAAUUGUCUCCCACGAUAUUCUGGUCGAGUCGCGUCAAUCAGCUACGAACUUUUGCCUUGACCGUGUCGCAGCACAAGGGUCCCUACAAUGUCUUGAGCACGAUCAAACCGGUGGCCACUUCCGACAACCAAGUCAACGUCAAUGUCACGCGUGACACCAUCAAUGAGAUUUUCGACAUUUACCCCAUUAUAAAAAGAGCAUUUACCGACCUCGUGCCGCAGAAACUACUGGAAGGUGAGUUUUGGUCGCGUUUUUUCAACUCGAAAUUGUUUCGAAGAUUACGAGGAGACAAGAUUGGCCUCAAUAGCGGGCGAGGCGAUGUGAUACUUGACAAGUACAUGUACAUGGAUGAAAAAAGUGCCACGACAAAGCAGAAACCUGACGAAAAAAACAACACUGAGAAUGAAUCUGUCGAAAAGUCGCCCACCAAGAAGCUAAAGAAGCAGAAACUAGAAGCAGUGGCUCCCGCUGAGGAGUCUCCACCUGAGCGAAACCUCCACGUGAAUAAAACUAUCGAUUUGUUUGGUAACGAACAGGAUAAUUCUCAGAAAUUGGGUAAUAGACCCGAUAUGACCAUGAGAUAUGACGAUGAUGAUGAUCAAUAUAACAACAGUAAUAAUAACAGUAAUAAUAAUGGCAAGGAUCUACUGGCUUUACUCAAUUCCGCCAAGCAAUCCUCCAAAAGAGAAAAUGAAAUGAUUAUACUAAUGAAGAAUAUGAAUAAAUUGUCCUCCAAGAUGAUGAGUAUGAGCUCCGCCGAGGCAGCAUCGGCUGCAAAAGGCGAGAAUACAGUUGACGGCUUAUCAGCUGAGGAACUCAAUGAGUACGAAGAGGAGUUGAACCUACACGACUUGAAUGACAUUGAGGAUUCGCACUAUAUUAGAUUGAAUAUAAAUACUAAUGUGGGGGAUAAAAAUUCCAAAUUGGAGCACCAGGACGGCACAGAAGAAGAACAAGCACAACUAGUCAGCGAUGCAGAGCUUGCCAGGUUUGCUCAAGAACAAUUCAACGACUUUGACGUGGCGGGCACCGGCACGUUUUCACUAACCGAUACAUUCACCGACAAGAACGAGGACAUUGAAAAGACUUCGGCCGAAAUCUCCAAUUUGAUCAAGCAGAAUUUCAAGACUUACAAGGCCCUCAACAGGGACGACCCUUCAGUCUCCACCGCGUCCUACGGCGGUAGCAGCAGCAGCAGCAACGAGCCUAGAAAUCUCGUUCCCCUGGAAAUAUCACAGGAGAUCAUCACUUACAAUAUCACCAUCGUUGAGUUUUUGUCGCAUUUUUGGAAGUUGUUUCUCCAUGGCAAGAACCCGCAGCAGUUGAAGAAGAUCUUCACGAGCUUGAAGAACUGCUCGAAUCUGUUGAAGGAGUUUAAAACUCGAGCCGUCUCGCAGUUGGAAUCGGUGGAGAUUAUCGCGAAUAAUGCGAAAUUGAAGGAUAAAGUCUUGAAGGAUUUCAAUUCCUGCUUGGAGCCCUUGGAACUCAGCUUGCUGAAUGCAAUUAGCAAAUACGUUGGAGCGGUGCAUUCGCUGAGCAGCAAUGGGACAACAACAACAACAACCACCACCACAUCAACAGCUGCAUCUUCAUGA